AUGGUUAUUUGCAGAAUGUUCUGGAAGCUCCAAGAGGAGAAAGGAGAGAUUUUAGAGGGGAAGGUGGAUUGGAAGGGGAGAGCAGCAAGAAAGGGAGUCCAUGGGGGUUUCAGAUCAUCACUGUUGGUAUUGGGAUUGUUUGGAUUCGACAGUUUUGCCACCACCUCAUUAGCUGUCAGCUUGGUCACAUACUUCAUCGGCGUAAUGCACUUUGACAUCGCUAGAGCAUCGAACGAGGUGACCAAUUUUAUGGGCACCAGUUAUAUCCUCUCGGUGUUUCUCUCUUACAUCGCAGACACUGUCAUGGGCAGAUACAAGAUCGCUCUAAUGUCCGCUAUCAUAGAGUUCCUGGGGCUCGUGUUACUGACUGUACAAGCUCACUUACCAUCGCUUAAGCCUCCUGGCUGCAUUUUGUUCAGUCCUACUUGCGAGAAAAUUGUCGGAGGCAAUGCCGUGCUUAUGUACACCGCUUUGUAUUUGAUAGCGGUGGGUAUGGCAGGAGUAAAGGCUGGGGUCCCGUCCCAUGGAGCUGAUCAAUUUGACGAAAAUGACCCUGAGGAAGUUCUGAGCAUGUCGAGUUUCUUCAACUGGAUUUUGCUCAGUGCUUGCGUUGGAGCAGCAUUCAGUGUGACGUUUGUUGUGUGGAUUCAGGAUAAAUCAGGAUUUGAUUGGGGGUAUGGAGUGUGCACUAUUGGGAUUUUAUUGGGUGUAAUUGUCUUUGUUGCCGGUGUUCCUAGGUACCGGAUACACGUAAUUGGAGGAGCCAGUCCUUUGACAGAAAUCAUCCAGGUUUAUGUUGCAUCCAUCAGAAACCGAAAGCUUCAGGUUCCUACUAAUCCUGAAGAACUAUAUGAGAUCAGCCAAGACAAGGAGUCUGCUGUAGAUGUGGAAUUUAUGCCCCACAGAGAUAUGUACAGAUUCCUUGAUAAAGCAGCAAUUAGAACAACAACACAAGACGAAGACCCUAACGGGUGGAAGCUGUGCACCGUGACUCAAGUAGAAAAAGCAAAGACAAUCCUCGCAAUGAUCCCAAUCUUCGGCAGUGCCAUCAUAAUGAGCACUUGCCUUGCUCAACUUCAGACCUUCAGCAUCCAACAAGGCGUCACAAUGGAUCGCCACAUAGGCUCCUUCAAAAUCCCAUCCGCUUCAUUAAUAAUAAUCCCGUUGCUCUUCCUACUAAUCAUCGUCCCAAUUUAUGAUCGUCUGAUUGUACCAAUCCUACGGAAAUUCACAGGUCAUUCCACAGGCAUCACUCAUCUCCAGCGUGUCGGCGUUGGAUUGGUUUUAUCUUGUAUCUCUAUGACAGUGGCUGCAGUCGUUGAAGUGCAACGGAAAAAGGCAGCAGAACGGAACGGGAUGAUUGAUGCUAUACCAGAACUACAACAAAUACCCAUGAGUGCAUUUUGGCUGUCUUUCCAGUUCUUUAUAUUCGGCAUCGCUGACAUGUUCACUUUUGUCGGUUUGCUUGAGUUUUUUCACUCUGAAGCGCCGAAGGAGUUGAAGUCUGUGGCGACUUCGUUUCUGUGGCUGUCGAUGGGGCUUGGGUAUUUCGUGAGCUCGAUAUUGGUGGAUUUGGUGAAUUUGGCUACUAAAGGGAAUACUAAGAGUGGAGGUUGGCUUAAUGGGAAUAAUUUGAACAGGAACCAUCUGAAUCUGUUUUAUCUUUUGCUAGCUGUGCUGAGCUUUUUUAACCUUUUGAACUACUUGUUUUGGGCUAGGAGUUACAGGUACAGGACUCAGAAGAGUGUUGGUCUCUGAGAAAUUGAUCGGCUUUAGGUUCGAUUUUGAAUGGCUUGGGGUUCAGUU